AUGUCAGGCGUAAAGGUCUCAGCAGGGGCUGAGCCCUACGUGUCGCAUGCGUCCUUAGUUGAGACGGCCAAGCGCUAUCUGACGAAGACCAAGUCACAAGAGCUCCUAAUUCGCUCAACGAUACUGAUCUUCGUAUAUCUUCUGGCGUUCUGCGUUCGGCUGUUCUCAGUGCUGCGCUACGAGAGCGUGAUCCAUGAGUUUGACCCAUACUUCAAUUAUCGUAGCACCAUUAAGCUUGUUCAGGAAGGGUUUUACGAAUUCUGGAACUGGUUCGACGCGGAGUCAUGGCACCCGCUAGGUCGCGUGGUCGGAGGCACGGUGUACCCCGGCCUCAUGUUUACGGCAGGGAUCUUAUACAAAGUGUCAAAGUUCCUCACGGCGUGCAUUAAGCUACGGGACAUCUGCGUCUUCACGGCGCCAUUCUUCGCCGGCAACACGGCGAUGAUUGCGUAUCUGUUUGGUAAGGAGCUCAAGGACACGGAGACCGGCCUAGUGGCCGCAGCACUGAUGGCCAUCGUACCCGGCUACAUCUCCCGCUCCGUGGCGGGCUCCUUCGACAACGAGGCCGUUGCCAUCUUUGCGCUCGUGACCACCUUCUACCUGUGGGUGCGUGCCGUGAACCAGGGCACCAUUGCCUCCGCCGUGCUUGCCGCAUUCGCCUACCUGUACAUGGCGGCGUCCUGGGGUGCCUACGUCUUCAUCUCCAACCUCAUCCCGCUCUACGUCAUCAUCAUGUUUGUCAGCGGAAGGUACUCUCGGCGCAUCUACGUGGCCUACACCACUUUCUGGGCGGUGGGCAGCCUGCUGGCGAUGCAGGUUCGCUUCAUCGGCUUCAACCACGUGACCUCCAACGAGCUGCUCUCCUUUAACGGAGUAUUCGUAGGGCUGCAGGUAUGGGAGGCGAUUGUGUUCCUGCGCGCCAAGUUGGGCUCCAAGCAGUUUGGUCAGCUGGUCUACCUGGCAGCCGUGUGCGCCGGGGCUGUGGGUGCAGCGGGCACUUCCAUCCUGGUGCUGAGCGGCAAGCUGAACCCAUGGACCGGACGCUUCUGGACGCUUCUGGAUCCUACCUAUGCCAAGAAGUUCAUUCCCAUCGUGGCCUCGGUUUCGGAGCAUCAGCCCACCACCUGGGCCUCUUACAUGUUUGACCUGCACAUGCUGGUCUUUGCCGGCCCGGCGGGACUGUACUUCUGCUUCAAGCGCCCCACGGACGGCACUAUUUUUCUCAUCGUCUUUGCCCUCACCGCCAUCUACUUCUCGGGCAUCAUGGUCCGUCUGAUGCUGGUGGCGGCUCCAGCAUUCGUGCUUCUCUCCGCCAUCGCCAUCUCCAGCACGCUGCAGUCCGCAACUAAGGAGCUGCGUGCCGCCGCGCCGGCGGACGCCACCGCCGGCGGCCCCGCCGCCGCCACGGGCGACACCCCCAAGAAGCGCUCCUCAUCAAAGCGCGCUGCCGCCGCCUCUGGUGAGGCCGCCUGGUCCACCGGCAGGGCCCCCAACCUGUGGAUCCUGGCCCUCACCGCUCUGGCCAUGUGGUCCUUCUCCAACCAUUGCAUCUGGGUCACCUCGGAGGCUUACUCCUCGCCGUCCAUUGUACUCAUCAGUGGCUGGGGCCCGCAUCGCCACGUGCUCGAUGAUUUCCGAGAGGCAUACUACUGGCUGCGCCACAACACCGCCCCCGACGCCAAGGUCAUGUCCUGGUGGGACUACGGCUACCAGAUCACUGCCAUGGGCAAUCGCACCGUCAUCGUGGACAACAACACCUGGAACAAUACGCACAUUGCGACAGUGGGUCGCGCCAUGGCCUCCAACGAGACGGAGGCGUACAAGAUCAUGCGGCAGCUGGAUGUGGACUACGCUUUGGUCAUCUUUGGCGGCAUGAGCGGUUAUUCCUCCGACGACAUCAACAAGUUCCUGUGGAUGGUGCGAAUCGGAGGAGGCGUGUUCCCGGUCAUCAAGGAGUCUGACUACCUGGCCAAUGGCGACUACACCGUGAGCAGCCGUGGCACGCAGACCAUGCUCAAUAGCCUCAUGUAUAAACUGUCAUACUAUGAUUUUGGCAACAUAAUGACGGAGCAAGGCAAGGGCACCGGGUACGACCGAGUGCGUAACUAUGAGAUCGGCAACAAGGACGUCAAGCUUGACCACCUGUACGAGGCUUUCACCUCGGAGCACUGGAUCGUGCGCAUCUAUCGCGUUAAGGAUCUCGAAAACCGCUUCUAAUCUGCUGCGACGUUGGCGGCGACGCACAGGAUCAUAGUGAGGAG